CAGCACCGGAUUAUGCGGGCUUGAUCACAGACGAGACGUAUUAAUGUAUUUCAGCGUGGUUCCAGUGGCCGUCCUGGCAACCUGAAGUGUCUGACCAAGAUGCCACGGCCAUGCGAAGAACACUUGUACGGUUUGCCCAGAGCCUGCAUGGCGGCCAGGCAAAGCAGUCGAACACCAACUCCAACAUCAACCUGAUUCAAAUCCGCAAUGGCACAUUCUACAAAGACCACCCUUUGUCUCACCACGGCGACUCAUCCACGUCCAACCCACCGCUGUUCCCGAAUCUGACCUACGAACUACCGGCCACCACCGUGCAACGGCAAGAAAAGAACCAGCCACGAAAAGACCAGCACUGGGCGGUGAUCGCGGCCAACGAUGGAACGACGUUUCUCGAGAUCCUGCGCGGGUCGUACGUCUGCAUCCCACCGAACGCGCGAUCAUAUCCAUACUUGUCGUCGGAAGAGAUCGAGCGCAAGGACCAUCGGCUGCGUGUGCCGUCACGAGCGAUCCAAUACGUCGGGUUCAACACGAAUGGAAAAGGGCAGACAUCCUCGGGCGGGAUAAGAGGCGCAUAUCUCAGUGCCCGAUACGAAAGCCGCCGCGAAGAGACAGAUUGGACGGUCCUGCAGUAUUUGAGAGGAGAGACCGAGUUGAAUCCCGCCAAACAAGACGGUUCACAUGUGGACGAGCAGCUGCUACACAAGGUCAUGUCGGAUCUACGGCUGCACAAGCUGGCCGACAUGCCCGUCAGCAAUCUCAGCAACGGGCAGACGAGAAGAGCGAGGAUCGCAAAAGCACUCCUGGGUAAGCCGGAGCUUCUGUUGCUCGACGAGCCGUUCAUGGGGCUCGACCCCCCGACGCUGGUCACGCUGUCGCCUAUGCUGCGUGAGCUGGCGUAUCGGUCGUCGCCGUUGUUGUUGCUUGCGUUGCGGCCUCAGGAUCCUAUUCCGGAUUGGAUCACUCAUCUUGUUGUGCUGGGUCAUAAUCAUACAGUUGCUUUGAUGGGUGACAAGGAUAGGGUCUUGUUUGGUCUGUGUCGGUGGAUGAAAUUGGCGGCGCCGGCAUCGACAACGACAACAAAGAAUGGUUCGGUGUCCCUGUCGGGACGGUUGGACCUCGAGAUGGCAACACGCAUGCUUACGGCCUACGGACACCCUCCGGCGGGCGUGGGUGAUGUCUUGAGCAAGAGGGGGAUCGCAAAGCAUCCCAUUUUUCAAUAUUCCCAAGAUCCAGGUUUUGAAAAGCAGUACCUUCUUCAUGACGGCUCCAUCGAUCCUACGAAGCUCUCCGCCGAAGAUGCAGAGCGGGUUGGAUUAGCACGAAAACGACUCCAAGAAACAACCGCAGAUUCAGAUGCUCGUUUAGAAGACCUUUUAACCCUCACUGCCACGAUCCCCGCCGAUCUCGCAGGCAGAGGAGUUGCUGACCAACCAUCAUCAUCAUCUACCUCAUCGGAGAUAUCAACACAGCAUUCUUCUCAGAGACAGGCUCCAUCAUCGUCGACUGGGUCCGACAGCGACAAACCACAACAUUCCCAUUCCCGUGCCCUAGGUAAACCUCUAAUCGAACUACAAUCAGUAAUAGUCAAGUACGGCGACAAAGUAGUGCUAGGUCACGGCGCCGCCCAAUCCGGCUUUUCCGACCCGGGACUCAACCUCACAAUCCGACAAGGCACACGCCUAGCACUCCUGGGUCCCAACGGAUCUGGCAAAACCACCCUUCUGUCUCUCCUGACAUCCGACCAUCCUCAAUCGUACAGCUUGCCGAUCAAAAUCUUCGGUCGGUCUCGACUGCCUGAAAGGGGCCAACCGGGCCUAUCGCUGUGGGAGAUCCAGUCGCGCAUCGGCCACUCGUCGCCGGAAAUCCAUGCGUUUUUCCCCCGCCAUCUAACUGUCCGCCGUGUUCUCGAGAGUGCUUGGGCAGAGACGUAUGCGGGAAAACCGCAGUUGACGGUUGAGAGAAGUGCUUUGGUCGAUAGUGUUUUGAAGUGGUGGGAGCCCGAGUUGAGACAGGACGGGAGCAGUUCUGACUUGUCAUGGGCCACCGACAAACAAACUCACGCCUUCGGUACUCUCCCGUUCGGCACGCAGCGGCUACUGCUUUUGUUGCGCGCCCUCAUCAAGCAGCCGGACAUUGUGAUUUUGGAUGAAGCGUUUUCCGGCUUGUCGGCCGAGACAAGAGACAAGGCUAUGAUGUGGCUUGAGCAUGGCGAACGCGAGAGCGAGAGCUCGAGCGUGAGCGGAGGUGGAAACGAUGGUGACAGCAGCAUCAGGCGGACAAAAGAUGAUGACGGUCAAUCCUUCCCCGGCCUUCUUCCCACCCAAGCCCUCGUCGUCGUGUCCCACGUCAAAGAGGAAAUCCCACCCAUGGUGGACGAAUGGGUUCGACUGCCCGGCGAGGACGAGGUCAGCGAACACGGGCGAGGUGUUGAGGUCGGUCGGUCCGAGACCAGAGGGGAUAUUAGGACGAAUGAGGGUUGGAUGAGGGUUUGGGGAUUGUAGUGGUACCUACGAAGCGGAGUAGGUAGGUAUUAUACAGGUACUCCUUCCUACCUUUGCCCUAGUUGCAGUAUUAUGUCCAAGUCAGCUAUACCCGAGUAUAUUGAAGGCCAAGUAGGUACUGUCGGUACACUGCAAUUAAAGUCAUGACACUCACUACGCUGCACAUCAACACAAUGCUUGACUACAUAGCUUGCUUGCUACCUAAUUCUCACUCAUCUAUCCAUGAUCGCCUCGAAACAGUCAAUCGAAUCGUACCAUUCGUUCCU